AUGACGACUUCAACACACGCCGUCUUCCAGAACGGAAAGAUCUUUAGAUCCAACAACGCACCCCCAGGCCAGCGGACAGAAGCCAACUUUGCAGAAGCGUUGGUGAUCAAAGAUGGCAUCAUCACCUUUGUCGGCAACGCCUCCGCACCCGAGGUGAAAGCCGCUAUCGACGCCGGCGCAGAGGUCCGCGAUGUGGGCGGGCGCACUCUCCUCCCCGGCCUCGUCGACGGACACAUCCACCUAACCCAGCUCGGCCAGACGCUCCUCAAGCUGAGCCUCGCCCACUGCAAGACCCUCGAGGACAUUCGAAGCACAAUCAGAGACCACGCCGCCGCGAACCCGGACGCCAAACGCAUCUUUUGCAGCGGCUGGAUGCACUUCAUGACGCCCGAGGGACCCCUUGCCUCCCUCCUCGACGACCUCGACCCCCGCCCCAUCCUCAUCACCGCAAAGGACCUGCACUCGACGUGGUGCAACACCGCCGCCCUCAGGGACCUGGACCUGGAAAACGAGCCGGACCCGCCGGGCGGCGAGAUCGUGCGCGACCCGUCGACCGGGAAGCCCAGCGGCCUGCUCUCCGAGGCGGCCAGUAUGAAGUUCAUCCCCCUCUACAUGGCCCGGACCUCGACCCUCCAAGACCGCAUAGCGGCGAUCAAGACGGCCAUCAACGACUACACGGCCGCCGGCUUCACCGGCCUCAUCGACAUGGCCAUGGAAGAAGACGGCUGGACGGCGCUGCAGGAGUACCGGAAGCAGGAAAAGGCAGCGGGCCGCAUAUUGCCCAUCCGCUUCGCGGCCUACUGGAUGAUCCUGCCCAGGGACGACGACGCGGAGAAUAUCAAGCAGGUCGAGCGCGCCGCCGAGCUGGCGCGGGCGUUCAACCUCGAGACGGACCCGGACUGCCGCCUCGUCGGCAUCAAGCUCGUCUGCGACGGCAUCAUUGACGGCUGCACGGCGAGUCUGAAGGAGCCCUACAGCCACAACGGCGACAACUGCGACCCCGUCUGGUCACCGCGGUACAUGGCGCCCGUCGUCCAGGCGGCCACGAGACACGGCCUGCAAGUCGCGCUGCACGCCAUCGGCGACCGCACCGUCGCGGACGCCAUUGACGUCUUGGAGGCGCACGUCGGCGCGGAACACCGCCCGCGCAUCGAGCACCUCGAGGUCACGACGCCAGAGGACGCACGGCGCUUGGGCAAGCUCAGCAUCACGGCGUCGGUGCAGCCCGUGCACUCGGACCCGGCCAUCCUCCGCGCCUGGCCGGCGUUGAUCGGGCCGCACCGGUGCGGGCGGGCGUUUGCGUACAGCGAAUUCGCGGACGGGGGCGCGCCCGUGGCGAUUGGGUCGGACGCGCCGACGGCGCCGCAUCAUGUGAUUGAUAACUUGUAUAUUGCGACGACGCGGCGGUCUGCGCGGGAGCCGGCGCUCGAGGCGGUGGUGAAUCCGCAGUUUGCGCUGUCGCUGUGCGAUGUGUUGGCGGGCGCGACGCAGGGCGCGGCGCGGAGUUGUUUCUUGGAGGACCGGGUGGGUUCGUUGGAGGCCGGGAAGAGGGCUGAUUUGACUCUCUUUGAUCUUGAUUGGGAUCCGAGCAAGGCGUUGCAGGCCAAGACGUUGGAGACGUGGUUUGAUGGGACGCUGGUGUUUUCUGCAGGGAGGUAG